UAAAAAGAAAUAAACUUUAUGAACAUAUGGGAAAGAGUUGUUGAUUUCAGAAAUCAUUUAGCGGCAGUCAAAAGUGCUGAAAGACCAGUGCAGACAGGAUCUUUGCUUUGACAGCAUAGAUGGAGAAGUUUAGAAAAGGUCAGAGAGAGUUGCUGGAAAAACUGGAUAAAGAGAAAGCGGGUGACACAGUGUCAGGAGUGGAACUGUCAUACUGUUUGAGGAAGUAUGUUAGAAUAGCACACAGCAGGAGCUGGGACAACAAGACAGCAGAGAUGUAUGAGAGUCCCUGUGAUGCCCCAGGGCGGGCCGAGCUGGCCGGGGUCGCGAUGCCGUACGUGGACCGACAGAAUCGCAUCUGCGGCUUCCUGGACAUCGAGGAGAUCGAGAACAGCGGCAGGUUCCUGCGCCGGUACUUCAUCCUGGACACGGAGCAGGGCAACCUGCUGUGGUACAUGGACAACCCUCAGAAUCUGCCUAAAGGUGCGGAUAAUGUGGGUUUCCUCAAACUCACGUACAUCUCCAAGGUCAGUGAUGCUACCAAGCUCAGGCCGAAGGCAGAGUUCUGCUUUGUUAUAAACGCGGGCAUGAGGAAGUUCUACCUGCAGGCCAACGACCAGCAGGAUUUGGUGGAAUGGAUCAGCGUUCUGAACAACGCCACCAAGAUCACAGUGCCAAAGUCUGGAGAGAGCCAGGCCGCCUGUGUGGAGACCCCACAGGAAGCCCUCGGCGCUGCGAAGCAGGUCUCUUACAAAACGGAGAUCAUAGGGGGAGUUCCAAUAAUCACAGCCACGCAGGAGCAGAGCGAAGGCCAGAACGGGUCGGACCGAGGGAAACGGGCUCAGAACCAGCUGCCGUACUUCCUGUCCAGAGGAGCACAGGACCAGUCUUUCAUAAAGGCGGGAUACUGCGUUAAACAGGGAGCUGUGAUGAGGAACUGGAAGAGGAGGUACUUCAUCUUGGAUGAAAAUGCCCUCAGCUACUACAAAUCCGACCUGGACCGAGAGGCACUGAGAGUUAUCCCACUGAAGGAGAUUCAGAAAGUCCAGGAAUGCAAACAGAGCGACCUGAUGAUGCGAGACAACCUCUUUGAGAUGGUCACCAACUCCAGAACCUUCUUCAUACAGGCUGACAGUCCAGAGGACAUGCACAGCUGGAUCAAGGCCGUCUCCGGGGCGAUUGUUGCUCAGCGCGGGCCCGGGCGCUCAGCCAACACGAUCCGUCAGGCGCGACGGCUCUCCAGCCCGUGUAUACAGAGGUAUACUCCGUUCUGCAGUGGGGAAUCCCGCACGAGCACAGUGACCCUCCCUCUCCCACGUCCGCCUCCACCUUCUACUACUCCCUCAACACGGAGCCGCAGCACCCAGAACCCUCAGCGGGUGCUCAGCCUGACGCUGGACACUCGCCACCAGGACAACUUCUUGGGCCUCCUGCCGUGGCGCCUCAGUGGAAUCCAGCCCGUGAUGAUGCCGUUGCCUUCGGCGCGGUCGCGCCUUUCUCUGCAGGAGACGGUGCAGACCUCGAAGUGACGGAGGCCGAGCAGCUCUCCGCCGGCGACGAGGGCGACCCGAACACGGAGGAGCCCGACUCGCAGAUGACUCUGAUGUGACAGCAACCGAUCUUUUGAAUAUUCUCCUGCUAAACUUCCUGGGACUGGGUUUUUUUAGGGUUUUUUUUUUUUUUUUUGCCCCACGCGUCGCUCCGCCUACAAGGUCUUCCUCUGCCGUUCACCUUCACCUCGUCUUCCUGAAUGUCUCUCACAAUACGUUGCAGCAGAAAAACGACGCCGAUCAUAUGGUCUAUUUAAGCUCUCAGCAGGAGUUCGGCGACAAGAGGGCGAAGAGAUUCACUUCUGAAACAACCAAAGUUUAAAGGCUCGCAGAGAGAUGUGUUGAAAGACAUCUCUUCAGUCCUGUGCUUGUUAUCUGCAAGGUUGAGAUUUGAUAUGAAUUUGUGUUGUUUCCUUAUCAAACUGUUUUUUGUUUACCUUUUUCCUAGCUGAGUAUUUUUUUCAGGCACAGUUAAGGAGACAUGUGGAGUCUUGCAAAACUUCCCCUUAAAGAUGUUGGUAACACUUUAGUGGAAGGGGUGUGCAUAAGGUUGACAUGACACUGUCAUAACACCUGUUAUGAACAUGAAUGGGUUUUCAGAAAUGUUGCCACGUUGAUACAAAGUUGACGAUUUUAAUGGACUGUCAGUGCAAGUUUCAAUGCAAAUUAGCAUUAAAAGUGCCAUUAUUUACCGAAUGACACUUCAUGACAGCAGUCGUAAACGUUGGUGAAGACUCCUUCAUGUUUCUGACAGUGGCAUGUCGGUCUUAUGCACACCACGUCAAAUAAAGUGCUACCAAGACGAUCUGGGUUAUAUUUUAUGUCCUAGUCCAACACAAAAUAGUGCAGCGAUGUGGAAGAAAAAUGUGUGGUUUUAAUAGGGGGCGGGAGGGUUAAAUGUAAAAGUCUGAAAAGUGUGGCAUGCAUCUAGAUUCAGUGUCCCACCCCUACCCUUCCCCCCCGAAUUAAUACUUUGUAGAAUCCCAAAGUUCAGCUCAGGGUGUAUCUCUUCACAUCUAUAUAAAAUCUACAUAAAAUACAGAUUUUAAACAGUCAAGGGAUAUGAACGUUUUUAAGAAAGCUCUGUAAGACUCCAGUGAUCCCGAAACUCUGCUGCCACCUAGUGUGCACAAUUAGUAUGUGAAUUAGGUUUUGUUUUUUUUCUUUUACUUGCGUUUGCUUUAUCUGCACUGUUCAAAAGGGUUGCUAUAUAUUUAUUUUAUUUUAUUUUUUGUUUGACCCUAAGCUAAUAAGAUCAAACAAAUUAUACACAGGAAAACAAUAAAAGGAAUAGGAAUAAGGUUACAAAGAAAUAAUAUAUUUUUCACAGCACAUGAGACUGUUUACAUGCAAAGGAAUGCUUUGCGACAUUUCCAGAAACCAUGCAUGUGAACACAUACACAGAGACACAAUUAAUGUGAAAAUGAAGAUAUUUGACCUCAAACUAAGCAGAAAUACAUUCAGAUAACCUAAAAGGAAAAAAAAAGUUUCAACUAUGUUCUUAAAGUAGGUUUGAUCCUCAGUUUCUCGUGUUUAUAUGGCGUAUGUCAGAAUAUAACCUGAAUUAUUUAAGUGAAUUUCUCUUUCUGCACCUCUCUCACUCCUAUGUUAAUCAACCUCUGUUACAGAAAAAGGACCUUUUUUUUUUUGUGCAGUUCGGCUCGGCGGAAACCGUUUGUGACUUUGCUAAAUGUCAGCCUCUGCCCCGAGUGUGGAAGUUAUGCGAAACACGGAAAUGCUUCAGCAUCACGAACUCCGAACUCUGGAAACAUUUCCUUCUUGCUCACCAGCUCCCCUCACCUCACCUUAACUUCCUGUUCCUUUACCUGCCGUCACGUCGGCGUUCUGGACGCCUGACGGUUUGCGUGGAAAUCUUUUGGGACUCGAGCCGUCUCGCAAGGUCGUUUCUCCUCUCGGCUCUCUGGUUGUGGGUGUUUUUUUGUUGUUGUUGUUGUCUUUGUUGUUGUUGUUGUUUUUUUCUAGUAUUGAUAUUAUUAACUUUAAUGAGGAAAAAAUAAACCACACAUAUAUGUUGUUUACUAAUUUUUUUAUGAACUCACGUGCAUGACUGCACCCCUUCACUCCUCCAAAUGUGUUGUUCCCUUUGAUACAUAAGUUGGGUAAAGUGCCUGCGUCUAUCUUUUUAAAGAGCAGAUUUUCAAAACACCGAGAGCUAUUUGAUCCGUUUGUGUGUGUGUAUGUGGGUGAGACUCUAUGACCAUUUUUCUAUUUAUUAAAACAUAUUAAAAAAACAA